AUGCAGAAGGUGAAUGCAUUUUUCAGAGACCUGGCAAUAGUAUUAAACAAUGAGAAAGGAGGGAUAAAUAAGAAAGAGGAAGAAACUGAUAGAAAUAUCAAAAGAAUGCAACAGACAGUACAUCUGAACCUUAGAGCUGGAUCAUUCGCGAAAAUGUUUUACUCCACUAAAUCUACUUUCACUAAAAGUCCUUUUCCUGAUUACAUCAAUAAACCUUCGUUCCCGUUUUCUGAGGGAACUGAAAACGUUUUAGAUACUUCUGCCAAAGCUGGACAAACAAGUGGAGCGUUGUGUUUCGCUGAGUUAUCCGAGGUCUGGAGGUUCCGCUCGCGGAUCAAAGAGCCAAUAGACCACCACAGACGGGAUACGGCUGAUGUUCAGCCGGGGUUGCGGGGUAAGCGCAAUGAGGCACCGCGACCUCGGCCUAGAGCAGGAGAAGGAACGGGGGAGUUUUUAGAUCCAAGACAGUCAUUCAUGUCCCUGGGACGCGCUGGACUUCAGUGUUCCGGUGUUUUCAUGGUUGUGUCUACUGCAGAUCCUGGUGAACAGGAGUUCCAAUUGUGCCGGGAAGUUUUUUUUGGGGAUAAGGGUUGCGGAGACUUAGAGAUUAGGAGGGAGGAACAAGGAUUGCGAUUCCGGAUGACAAACGAACAGACUUUUUGCCUGAUGGUAAGCAAACGGCGCCACCCAAAGACCCGCAACACCGAAUUAACAGAGGAAUUAAAAGUGAUCACUGAAGAGGAAGGAAGGAUUGAGCCUCCAAGUAACACGAAAAAACACACGACGGUUUCCAGUGAGGCCGUGGUAUCAUCAGCCCAUUCGUUUCGGCAACCACCUUCUAAGAAACGUUCCAACUUUUUUUCACGUAAAAUGCUCAUGGCAGGGUCAGGCGAGAGGGAGCGUCGGACUCUUUCUGACUGCCUUAUUGCGCUUACCCCGCAACCCUGGUUGAACAUCAGCCCUAUAGGACAUCGUCUGUGGUGGUCUAUUAACUCAUUGAAGCGAGCGUUGGUUGGGCGGCGAGCUACCCUUACUCACCGUCCGCAAAGCCGCACGCUCGGUCAAGCUCGGUCCCUGACGCCGGAGUGUCGCUUAAUGCGGCGGCUAGGGCAUGAGGAGGAUAGUUAUCUCACACAAUCCGCCUUCUUCUUUGCGAGCAUAACUGCUUCGCAGAAAGAGGAGACGGCGCCCCAGUUCAGAAACUCUCGCUCCGCACCAUAG